GACCGAGCCGAAAGGCCGGCGGAGAGGAAGGAGUAUUGGUGUCAGGCCAAUGAAAAAAUCAAAUGGUUUGAGAUCGCCAGUAAACAUCUCCUCCAUGAGAUGACCCAUCUGGAUGCUGCUGGGCAGCAAGCCGGUUAUGCCGCAAUAACGGACGCGGACGGCAACAUCUCACACGGGACCCUGGACGUUAGUGGGGGGCGGUAUAUUGAAAUGGCACGCAGGUUGGCGACCCGGUGGCAGCAGAAUGAGGCAAGCUGCAAGAAAAAGAAUGCAAUGCUUCCGUACCGAAACGCUGAUAGCGCUACAAUGUCAGUAUUGGGUAAA